AUGUCAUUCACCUGCGGGACUUGCUGGCGCGACUUCUACUCUGAAGGCUCUCGCGAGCAGCACCUCGACGCGCGGGGCCAUGGAAUCCCGGAGCACGAGUGUGAUAGGUGCCCGAAAUACUUCGGAUCGCGGGCAGCCGUUGUGCAGCACAUGAACGACAAGAACCAUUGGAAGUAUCAGUGCGGGAACUGUGUCGAAACCUGGCCCACCCAGGAAGCCCUGGUAGACCACGAGAUAGGCACUCACUUGUUCUGCUCGAACUGCCAACGAUAUUUCACCAGCUCCAACAAUAUCAAGAUGCAUCUCAACUCCCAUAUUCACCGCGGCUUCAACGUCCAUUGCCCAUUCUGCACCAAGAGCUACGCCACUGCUGGCGGACUCUCACACCAUCUCGAGAAUGGAUCCUGCACUAGGGCCCCGCAACUGGACCGCGACACCUUCUAUAACCUUGUCCGGUCCAAGGAUCCCAACGGUCUCAUAUCUAAAAACCUGAUCGGCUGGCAUGGCUCUGCGACGUACGAGGCCAACGACCUGGCUUGGAACGGGAUGGCGUGGGAGUGCUACUUCUGCCAUGGAAGGUUCAGAUCACGACACAGCCUCAACCAGCAUCUAGCUUCGCCCGCUCACCAGCAGGCGCUCUACCACUGCCCCCUGCGCGGAACCUGCGGCCGAGAGUUCACCACGUUUGCCGGCCUCAUGAACCACCUCGAGAGCGAGAGCUGCGGGUACACGCGCUUUGAGAAUGUGCAGGUGAUCGCCGAGAAUCUUGUCAGAAGUGACAGGCGCAUCGGUUUCUAAUAGGCCGAGGCGCCGGCCUCUUUCGAGGGCGAGAGGGAAGAGAAAAGGGGUUCCAUAUCCCCCGCCAAGAUCCUAAGGCCCCGGACGUAGGAUGGUGAUGGUGUUUUUCACGUGGUUCUGUCUGACUCGAUUAGCCAUGCCUGUUUAUUUCUCGAGCGGGAUAGGGGAGGAAUGGGACUUUGGUUUUAUUUUCUUUCCGUUUUCUCUGGCGAGGCGCCAUCGGAGGUGCUAUUAUAUGCCCGGAUAUUGUCUCCCGUUGUGAGGUUCAGGAGGGGGGGGACUAUCCCAAACAGAGUCGAGCAUCCUGAUGCCAGUUGGCACUUGAGCUCGUGUCUAGAUGAUACACGUUCAACCACCCGCCCGACCUUUUUGUCUCGGGGAUGGGGGGACCAACGGGGAUUGGCCAGCUCGACUAACUCCGGACACAGAUUCGUAGUCGUUUCAUUUUCUUGUCGCGUCUCACUCUUUCGACGUGGUUUUAACCUCCCAUAGCGAUAUCGUGUCAGCUCUAUGACCUCUAGUCGGGAACUACAGAUAAUAAUGCUUUGCAAGACAGCGGAGUU